CUCUGGCUUUCUCCAACUCACCAUCUGGCUGUCCCUCCCUGUCUCCGCUCAUCGUCCAAUUCUACACCCCCCCCUUCCCACCAUGUCGACCCUCUCCUCCCCCCGUCCCUCAAUCGCCUCCUCGCGCGCCCACUCCCCGACCCCGACCUCCUCGCACCGCCCGUCCUUCGACACCGCCGGCCUCAGCGCCUCGUCGACGCCCACCACCGCCCGCGCCGUCUCCCCGUCUCUCCAUCCCCGACGCAACCGCGCCGCCCUCCGAGACUACUACAACCUGAAGCCGUCCGCGGCCAUCGAUCCCACAGCCGGCCGACGGUCCCGCAGCGUAUCCCGACACACCAUCACCGAGGCAGGCGACCUGACCAGCCCCUCCGUCGUAACGACCGGAACCGAGCUCGACAGCCCGGACUUCGACCCGCAGCGCUACGUCAACCACCUCCUCGCGACCUCCUCCCUCUCCACCGUGCUCAAAGCGGAAAACACCCUCGUCGGGGACAUCCGCACGCUGGACAGCGAACGCAAAGCCCUAGUCUACGAUAACUACUCGAAACUGAUCCGGGCGGUGGAGACAAUCGGCAAGAUGCGCCGCAGCAUGGAUGAUCGGGGCGCGCCGUUGACCAUGACCAAGACGCUGGGGCCGGCAAUUGCGUUCGUGGCCGAGACGGCCGGCGGGCUGAUCCAGGAGGGCGAGGAACAGCAGCGUCGGAUGAAGGAGGCCAAGGCGAGUGAUGGGUCUGAGCGUAGACGAGCGGAACGGCAGACCGUGCAGUGGGUUUUGGCAGCGCCGGGGAGGUUGGAGAGCUUGCUUGACGAGGGGAAGGAGGCUGAGGCGGAGAAGGAUUGGGAGGAGGUCUGCGCGUUGUUGGAUAAGUGGGAGGGGGUUAAGGGGGUUGUGGAGGUAAGGGAGGCGUGUGAGAAGGUGAUGGAGAGUCAGGAGGAAGAUUAUUCUUGAAGGAUGGCGAUGCUUUUUCGCUUUUGAACCGUGUUCGUGUAGACUGGAAGCAGUCUCGGAUGGACAACUCUACGACGGACGACGAUGAUGUCUGCAAGGCAUGAUGCGUGCUGACUGCAUGCUGUGGCAGCUCGUCCUACAAGUCGG